AUGCGCGUCGCCGUGAUUGGGGCCGGAGCCUCGGGGCUCGUCACCCUCAAAUACCUCAAGACGGCUCAUCAAUUCUUCCCCGUGAAGCCGAUCGAGACGAUGCUCUUCGAGUCCGAAUCCGCCGUCGGAGGCACCUUUGCGCAUCGAACCUACGAGGAUGCCGAGGUCUGCAAACCCCACAUGCGGAAGGGAUUGGUAUCGUCGAAGCAGCUCACAACCUUUUCCGACUUCCGGCCGCGGAAAGACGACCCCGACUUCCUUAGUGCUGAGAGGUACGUCGAGUAUCUGAACGAGUACUGCGACCACUUUGACCUCUGGCCGUCAAUCAACCUCUCAACUCCCGUCCUCUCGGUCCGCCGACGAGAGGGGGGCGGGCACGUCAUCCGCUAUCGGAAAGGCGCCGAGGAGAUGACGUGGGAGUGCGACGCCAUCGCCGUCUGCUCGGGUUUGCACGUCACGCCCAGCAUCCCGGACCUGCCGGGCGUCGAGAACAUCCCCGUCGUGAUGCACUCGUCCGAGUUCAAGGCUAGGAAGGAUUUCGGCGUCGGCACCACCGUCGCCGUGCUGGGGACCGGCGAGACCGGCAUAGACGUUGCCCACCUGGCUGUCACGUCGCCCACGAAGCAGGUGGUUCUGUGCCAUCGCGAUGGCUUCCUGGGUGCUCCGAAGGUGAUGAUCACGCCCGUCACCUUCCCCAUUCUCGGCCGAAAGGCAGACCCAAACUACGUCAACGUCCCCGUCGAUGUCAGCCAGGCCUCGCUGUUCGACUCCAUGUACGUCCACCCGCUCAUGCGGGACACCAUGUUCCUGUGGAACUACUACAAUGUCGUCAUCCGGACUGCUCUUUGGCUCUGCACCGGAAGCUACCACGGCUACGACCAGUGGGUUGGGGGGAUCUCUAAGGAGCGCUAUCACGCCUCGAAAGUCUUCUUCAACAAAGCCGCCGCCAAGGCAAUGCCCUACAUCAGCGAACCCUACCGCCCCACGAAACCCAGCCUGAUUCAGCGCAUCCGCUCCUCGAUCCUGCAGUGCGAGCUCGAGCAGGUACCAGCCGGCCGCACCAUCGAUCUGGCUCCUUGGCCGACGCACGUCGACGACACGGGGGCUCUGCACUUCCGCGACAACGGGCGGCCCGAGUACGCACGCAUGAAAGACACGACCAUCCGGCCCGACGUGCUCGUCUUCGCGACAGGCUACACGCAGACCUUUCCCUUCCUCCACUCCCCCAACCAACCAUCAUCAUCAUCAUCAUCAUCAUCACCACCUUACCCCCGCGCCUCAGACGCCAACGUCCGCGACAUCUGGCGCCGCGGCGACCCGACAGUCGCCUUCGUGGGCUUCAUCCGCCCGGCCUUUGGCGCCAUCCCGUCCCUGGCCGAGAUGCAGGCCCAGCUCUGGGUCAUGGCGCUGUCGGCGCCGGCCGCCAUCCCGCGGCCGCUGCUCCCCGCCGACGAGGGCCACUACCGCCUGUGUCCGCCGCCGGGGGCGCGCAUCGCGUACGGCGUCGACCACGAGACGUACGCCUACCAGCUCGCGCUGGACAUGGGGUCCGCGCCGUCGUUUGGGGAGGUCGUUGCUGCCGGGUGGAGGGGCGCGCCCGGUGAGAAGGGCCUGUGGUGGAAGUUGCCUGUCAUAUGGGCGGCUGGUGCGCAGUUCAAUGCCAAGUUCCGCAUCAGGGGGCCGUAUAGGUGGGAUGGCGCAGUGGGCGUGUUGGGCGGCGAGCUGUGGGAGACGAUCUCGAGGAGGGGUGGUUUCUUGGGCAACUUCACCCUUGCCGUCGUCCCAAUCGUUUCCCUCGGCAUCAUCAACCUGGGACUUUGCGUCUACAGCGGCGUUGUCGGGACUGUCAGGGGCGUGUUUGGACUGCUCACGUGGCCGUUCCGGCGGCGUUCUCGGGAGCUGCCCACUGCGGAGGGCUAUAUCCGUCUAUGACCUGGUACUUUCUCCAUCGCGCACUCGAGGCCGUUGUCUUGGCGGCGAUCAGGAACUAAGAUCGGGUCGAUGCUGCUGCGAUUCCCAGGGCAGGUGCAAGAUUGGCUGGGCAACAACCCUGGAUUAAGAGUUGGUCCCCUAAAUUUUCCCGUAUUUGUCUCUAUCCUUUGCAGGCUCUGUGUUUUCUUCUUAGCUAUAGCGGUACAUAUCCCCCAGAAUGUUGCUUCCAAUUUUAGCAGAAGAUGUCCCCCAC